GUUCCAGCGAGCGGUUCGAACGACAUCGUGUCGAUUGUGCUAACGUAAGAAGAAGAAGAACUUGAGAGAAGAGAUGGCGGAAUUCGUGGAGAAGCGUUGCGAGGAUAUGAUUCCCGAGCUGGAGCAAAUGGAAAGGAUCAAGCUCUUCAAUAAAGACGAGAUUCAGACUGUCAUCAAGAAGUACAAGGAAUUUGAGUACAAAAUUCAACGUUAUGCAAAGUGCAGGCGAGACUUUGAGGAAUACAUACACUUUAAGAAGGAUCUCCUGGCGCUGAUUAAACAGCGUAGGCUUAAAUACGGCAUUAUGAAGAAGAAGUCGGAUAUUGAUUUUGCCGUAGCAAAUAAAAUCAAUAAUUUAUAUAAAACCGCAAUAAACAAGUUCAAUGAUAUCACAUUAUGGCUUGACUAUAUAACAUUUUGCAAAGAAUUGCAUUUUUACAGCAACAUCAGCCACACGUUAAAUAGGAUGUUACAAAUGCACGGAGAUAAGCCGAGAUGUUGGCACAUAGCGGCGUGUUGGGAAUUGAAAGAGAACAAUGACAAAGAGAAAGCACGAAACCUCCUUCUCAACGGCUUGCAUUUGCAUUCGAAAUCGCAGUUGUUAUACAUAGAAGCGUUUAGACUUGAAUUGAACGAUUAUAAGACUGCACUUAACAACGCUGAGAACGCUGAGAACAAGGAGGACGAUUCAGCAUUAACAGCGAGACAGGACAACAGGAUAUUGUUGCCUCUGAGGAAGGCGUACCUGAUAUAUCAGCAGGCCGUCCAACAUGUCAACGAUGUCAGGUUCACAAUUAAGUUGCUGACCAUUGCCGAAAAGCACGACAACACGGAGGAAUUGCAGGAGAAAAUGAUCAGCGACAUGGUGCGAGAUUAUUCUCACGAGGCUCUAACGUGGGACAAGAUGGCUCGUCGCGAGUUGAGGAGGAAGCCGGCGCGACCUGAUAACGUCGACAGAGCGGCCAGUCCCGAGAAGAAGGUCCUGUUGAGAGAUCGCAUCGUCUCCUGCAGCAAUAUCUAUCAAACGGCUCUGAAGGACAUCAACACCGAAGAGAUGUGGUAUCUUUACGUGGAAUGCCUGCUGGAUAUCAGUCGAGAUUCGCGGUCGUUGGCGAAUUUCAAGAGGAAGCUCCUGAAAAUCGCCCUCUCGCAAGCACAUCAGGCGAGAAAGCUGACGGAGAAACAUUAUUUAUAUUGGUUCGAUAUGCUGAGCGCCAAAGCGGGCGACGUGAACGCGCAGAAGAAGCUGCGUCAGAUUCUGCGCGAGGCGACCGACGCUGUGCCGAACAGCGUCGUCAUUUGGUACGCGCGAAUGAAACACCUGCUGGUCUCGGGCCGGGGGAAAGAAGUGGCCGCGAUAUACCCGAAGGCGACGCAAAUGUUGGGAAAGAAAGCGCUGCCUCUGUGGAAGAUGCGGAUUUCGCAUGUCCGAAGAAUGAAGAGCUCGGUGAAGACCGAGAAGACGUUUCGAGCCGCUUUACAGGCACACGCAUUCAUCGCCAAAGAUAUAAAGCCUGUUUAUCUUGACUGGCUCGCCUCGACGAAAGGCAUUGAAGCAGCUCGUGAGGCGUACAAUAGCAUGUCCCUGGAUCCGCCGUUAAAUCUGGAAUUGCACAAAAAAAUGGCGUCGCUCGAAGUCGCGCUGCAACCUAAUGACGUCUCGGUGAAACAUGCACGGCGACCUCACGAGUUGGCGACGCACCUGUUCGGCGCGAAAGACAAGUCCGUUUGGCUGGACCAGAUGAAAUUCGAGUGGAAGUACGGCGAGCCUUGGAACGCCGGUCGAGUGCACGACAGGGCGUUGAAGACCCUGGACGGCAGUCUGACGGCCUCCUUCAUAGAGGAUUGCGUCCACAUGAAAUUGGAGUGCGCGCAAAAGCUCGAGGCCGACGACGAGACGGUGACUUCACUGGACAGUGGCAGUGACGCACAUGUUGAUAUUGACUAAUUUAAUGUAUCGAUAAUAAAUAGUAAUAGGUGUGUA